AAAUUAGGAUUACGUUAAUUUAAGUUUUUUAUUUCAAUUGGAUAUGGACGCCAGUUUAUUGAUGCGGACGCAUAUAUGAUUCACUUUUUUUAAACGAUCAGAAUGGUCCUCUAUCAGCAUCUUUUCGUGGGCACGUCGGCCUUGGAGAGAGAAUUGAGUGGAUACAACCGCAAGAGGCGAUUCAAAUGAACUGAGGACUAUAUUUCUGAAGCAUUCGAGUGUGGUGGAGAAUGGGGAGCAUUACAUGUCCCCUAGGGACUUUGUGCAGAACUUUCUGGGUUUGCACGUCCAGCCCGACCACAACCGCAAGACUGUGCAGCUGAUAGCUGGAGUAGCCGACACCAGCAAGGAUGGAUUGAUCUCUUUCCAGGAGUUUAUGGCCUUUGAAUCGGUUCUGUGUGCUCCGGAUGCACUUUUCAUAGUUGCCUUUCAGUUGUUUGACAAGACCGGGACAGGAGACAUCUCAUUUGCCAAUGUGCGGGACAUCUUCAGCCAGACCACAGUGCACCACCACAUCCCUUUCAACUGGGACUGUGAGUUCAUCCGGCUACACUUUGGCAAUGACAGAAAAAAGAACCUCAGCUAUCUGGAGUUCACACAGUUUCUGCAGGAGCUGCAGCUUGAACAUGCCCGCCAGGCCUUCGCCCAGAAGGACAAGAACAAGAGUGGCGCCAUCUCCGCCAUGGACUUCAGCGACAUCAUGUCCACCAUCCGCCAGCACAUGCUCACCCCGUUUGUGGAGGAGAACCUGGUCUCUGCCGCCGGAGGCAGCACCUCCCACAUGGUGAGCUUCUCUUACUUCAAUGCCUUCAACGCCCUCCUCAACAACAUGGAGCUGAUCCGCAAGGUGUACAGCAUGCUAGCCGGCACGCACAAGGACACCCUGGUCACCAAAGAGGAGUUUGUUAGCGCUGCCAACAAGUUUGGUCAGAUCAAUCCGAUGGAAAUCGAUAUCCUGUACCAGCUCUCCGGCCUCCAUGCUCAUUCUGGCAAGCUCAACUUGGCGGACAUCGAGAGGAUAGCACCGCUGGAGGAGGGCGUGCUCCCAUACCACCUGGCUGAAAUCCAAAGACAGCAAGCUCACGGGGAUCCACAUAGGUCCGUCCUGCUCCAGGCUGCAGAGUCUGCUUACAGGUUCGGUCUGGGCGCGCUCGCUGGAGCCACGGGUGCGACAGCGGUGUACCCCAUUGACCUGGUGAAGACCCGUAUGCAGAACCAGCGCUCCACCAGCUCCUUUGUAGGAGAGCUCAUGUAUAAGAACAGCUUCGACUGUGCAAAGAAAGUUCUCCGAUAUGAGGGAUUCUUUGGAUUCUACAGAGGUCUUGUACCACAGCUCAUCGGUGUUGCCCCAGAAAAAGCUAUCAAACUCACGGUGAAUGACUUUGUGAGAGACAAGUUCACCACCGGGGACAACACUAUUCCGCUGCUUGCCGAGAUCUUGGCCGGUGGAGCGGCUGGAGGCUCCCAGGUGAUCUUCACCAACCCUCUGGAGAUAGUGAAGAUCCGUCUCCAGGUGGCUGGAGAGAUCACCACGUCCCGUAGGGUCGGUGCCCUGACCGUGGUCAGGGACCUGGGCCUCUUUGGCCUCUACAAGGGAGCGAAAGCCUGUUUUCUGCGCGACAUCCCGUUUUCUGCCAUCUACUUCCCUGUGUACGCCCAUACCAAGGCCGAGUUUGCGGACGCCGAGGGCAGAAUUGGGCCUCUGCAGUUGCUAACUGCUGGAGCCAUAGCAGGUAUACCCGCCGCCUCCCUGGUGACCCCUGCUGAUGUCAUCAAGACCCGGCUCCAGGUGGCUGCCCGCGCCGGCCAGACCACCUACACCGGAGUCAUAGACUGCUUCAGGAAGAUCGUGGCUGAGGAGGGCUUCAGGGCCCUGUGGAAGGGAGCAGGAGCCCGUGUCUGCAGGUCUUCGCCACAGUUUGGUGUGACCUUGGUGACUUACGAACUCCUGCAGAGAUGGUUCUACAUUGACUUCGGCGGACACCGUCCCAUGGGCUCCGAGCCAACACCCAAGUCAAGAAUCUCCAACCUUCCCCCUACGAGCGCCGACCACAUAGGUGGCUACCGACUGGCCGCUGCCACGUUCGCUGGGGUGGAGAACAAGUUUGGUUUGCACCUGCCCAAGUUCAAGUCUUCCGGAGCAGUAUCUGUUAGCCAAGCCCCAGCGGUGCCCAAAGCUUCGUAGGCUGUCUCCACAUCACUUUACUGCUGAACAGCUGCAUGCGCAUAUAGAUGGGUGUCCUGAAAUAUCUCCCUCCCUUCAUCCCUCUGAAAUGGUUUGGUAAAAAGAAAUCAAAAGUUUAGCACCUCCUCUGCUCCUGUCAAAGGAAUCUGAAACACCCUUAUAUUAAAUGCUGCAUGAAUAGUGCUUCCUUGGUUUGACUUUGCAUAGCUUGCACAAUUUUACUGUACAUAUUGUACUCCCCCAAUAGAGACAUUAUGGCAGAGUGGUGUUAUAAUUGCUCCUGAAGACAGGCUUUGGCGAGGAAGACUGGUCAGUCACAUUUCAGAGACUUGAAAGGAUGUACAGAUGUUUUUCUGAAAGUAUUUAUUUUGAAAUCAUUCAGGGUCUUGGGAAAUAAUUUAAAAUGUAUUUAUUGUAUUUUGUUGAAAUAAAUCAUCAAAAUUGUUCAAUUCUAAUUGUGAAAAGUACAUUCAAUUGGUGACAGUACAGGAGAUUUGUUUGUAAUAACGUUGGUCACAAAUGGAAGGUUAUACCUAGAUACUACAUGUAAUAUGGAUUCAUAUUCAUUGAUCAAUCUUCCAAUAUAGCAUAAUAUCCCUAAGGUAUUAAAUGUUCACCAAUUA